ACAGUGUUUCGUCUAGAACAAGCUAGGUGGACAAAAGUCGUUAUCAGAUUAUCACUAAUUAGUCAUUAGAUAAGAUAAACAACAUGUUUAAACCCCCAAACCUAUUAAUAGAUUAUUUCUAACUUUCUAAUUUUAUGAGUCACGGGGUGCAGAAGUCAGCUAAUGAGGUAAGUGCAAUUGCACAAUUAAAUCAGUUGCAAUUUUGUGAUGCGUUCAACAACAUCUCUUAAACGUGCAAGUUAUUUUGUGAAAAGUUUUGGUGAUGGAUCUUAUAACUGAAGAACACGUUCUCUCUAUUUCAAGGAGGAUGCUUUUUGAAGAAUGGUCUAAUAAAGGAAAAAAUGACAGAAAUAGCCAUCUCUAUGAGUGCAUAUUAGCAAAAUAUGAAUUAAAAGACCUGACUGAAGAAUCUCAGAGACGGCUAAAGAAUGUUUUGACUAGUUUUUCAUCAAAACUGAAUACCAAGUGGAAUAGUGCGGCAAGAUCAAUGGAACAAUUUGUGGGAAAGUUUAAAAGUUGGCUAGAUGGCCAGAAUAUUGAAAUAACAGUGCACACAACCCGACCACAAGCAUCGGCAUCAUGUGACAAUAUAAAUCUGGUCGGAAGACCCAAAUUAGACUUCGAAAGUUCUUCCUUCAAAACGAAAAAACGCCGGGUUGAAGAUCUCGUGCAAUCGCGUAGUGUUGGCGAACUUUUGACCGCUGCCGAAGUGACUUCGCGUUCAGCAGGAAACAGAAAUACAGCAAAAGUGAUUAAAAACAUCAACGAAAGCCCUAAUACAUCUUCAAGCUCCCUCGACCAUAGUUCUUCUGUGAAAUCCAGGCAGUUAACCGGUGAUGAGGCAUUAGCUUAUUAUAUCGAUUCUAAAUCGACUACGCACACUUACAAGAUGACUAGAAAGUGGUCUAUGAAGGCAGGACAUUAUGAAUACCCUUCAUAUCAUUGUUUACGUAAGGCGAAACUUGAGUGUUAUCCUGCAGAAGAGCAUAUUCAUGUGACCGAAAAUAGGGUGGAAAUUAACUUGCAAGCUUUGUUAGACAAAACCGCUGAGAGGUUAGUGCAAUCACAAAGAGAAGUUAUUGGUAAUUUGCCUUCUAGUACAUCAUUAAGGUUAAUUAGCAAAUGGGGAUGCGACGAAAGUUCCGGACACAGUACUUAUAAACAGAAAUUCACAGAUAAUGCGAGUACUGACCAGUACCUUUUCGUGUUUUCUUUUGUUCCACUUAGGUUACUAGAUGACGAAAACAAAGUCAUUUGGCAAAACCCUCGGCCAUCAUCUACGAUGUAUUGCCGUCCUAUUAAAUUCAUUUUCGCCAAAGAAACGACUGAACUUACAACAGUGGGGACCAACAAAGUUUUGGAUCAAAUUAAUAAUUUACUGCCGUCUAUUUGUACUGUUGAUAGUUCUCAAUUUUCGGUAAACCAUAAACUUUCAUUAACCAUGACUGAUGGAAAAGUGUGUAAUGCUUUAUCUAACCAUCGUUCAACACAGUCAUGUUUUAUUUGCCACGCCACCCCUACACAAAUGAAUGGAGAUGCAGAUGGCUUUGAUCCUAACGAGGAAAAUUACGGAUUUGGUUUGUCCACACUACAUGCUUGGAUACGGUGCUUCGAGUGUUUUUUACAUAUUAGUUAUAAGCUAGAUAUAAAGAAAUGGAAGGCCACCAGUAAUGAUGAAAAAGCAAGUGUUAAGCUGCGAUCGGAACAUAUUCGGCGAAGAUUUAAAGAAGAAAUGGGCCUAAUUGUGGACCAACCGAAACCAGGAUUUGGUUCAACCAAUGAUGGUAAUACUGCUCGUCGUUUUUUGGGAAUCCUGAAUUAAGUGCAGAGAUUACAGGAUUAGAUGCUACCCUGAUCAAGAGGUUUGACGUCAUACUUAGAACAUUGUCGUCUGGUUUUGAGAUAAAUUUAGUUGAAUUCAACAAAUUUUGUUUGGAAACCAGACAACUUUAUUUAAGUGAGCAUCUCUAUAGAUGGUAC